AUGGCAUCAAGGAACAAUGUAACUUAUUUUGUCCUUAUGGGCCUCACACAGAAUCCAAAGGAGCAGAAAGUCCUUUUUGUUAUGUUCUUGCUUUUCUAUAUUUUGACCCUGGUGGGCAACCUGCUCAUUAUUGUGACUAUAAUUGUCAGUAAGACCCUAAACUCACCAAUAUACUUUUUUCUUGCUUGCUUAUCAUGUAUGGAUGUCACUUAUUCCUCUACUAUUUGCCCCAGAUUGAUAUCAGACUUGUCCUUUGGGGAAAAUAUCAUAUCCUUUGAAUAUUGCAUGAGCCAGAUGUUUAUACAGCACGUUUUUGGUGGAUCAGAGGUCUUCCUUCUGUUAGCAAUGGCCUAUGACCGCUAUGUGGCCAUCUGUAAGCCCAUGCAUUACUUGGUUAUCAUGAGGCAAAGGGUGUGUGUUGUGCUGCUGGUGGUAUCCUGUGUUGGAGGUCUUCUACACUCAGUAAUUCAACUUAGCACUAUUUAUGGGCUCCCAUUCUGUGGCCCCAAUGUCAUUAAUCACUUUAUGUGUGACAUGUACCCCUUAUUGAAACUGGUCUGUAAUGAUACCUAUGUCAUUGGCAUCUUAGUGGUGGCCAAUGGAGGACUGAUCUGCUCUAUCGUGUUUCUGCUCUUACUCAUCUCCUAUGGAGUCAUCCUGCACUCUGUGAAGAACCUGAGUCAGGAAGAGAUGUGGAAAGCACUCCAGACCUGUGGUUCCCAUGUCACUGUAGUUGCCUUCUUCUUUAUUCCCUGUAUUUUCAUAUAUGUGAGACCUACUAUGACCUUCUCUAUUGACAAAUCAUUAAGUGUGUUUUAUACAAUCAUAACUCCUAUGCUGAAUCCAUUAAUUUACAGUCUCAGAAAUUCUGAGUUGGCUAAUGCUGUGAAGAACCUCUGGAGAAAAAUGGGCAGAUUAAGUAUUAAAUAA